AACCAAAUACCGACCAAAAUGACGUAAAAACCAAGUGAACGUGAACAAACCCUAACUUAGUGUGAACAAAAAUGAGUGACGUGCAAAGUGCAUAAAUCCAAGAUGGCGUCGUUAGUGACAUUGUUGUGUGUGUUGUGUGGAUUGGGAAACGCGUGGGCGCACGUGGCGCUGACGUUCCCACCAGCGAGGCGGUAUGAUCUGGACUUUUUGGACAACACGAGGACGAAGCCGCCAUGUGGGAUGCCGAAAGGCUCUUCGAAGACUUCAUUCCUCGCGGGCUCAACCUUUACAGUACAUUGGCACUUGGCCUACGCGCACAGAGGAGGAUUCAGUUUGCGAAUUUUGGAUUACCUCGAAAGGCCCGUGUUGGAUUUGACUCCGAGAGCGGGCGGAUCCGAGUGGGUCAGAGAUGACGUUACCGCUCAGAAGUAUGAAGUGCGGCUACCGAGCGACUUCACUUGCGAAAACUGCACGCUGCAGCUCCAGAGGGAGGCGGGCGAGUGGGGGAGCGGGUACCGCUUCUGGUCCUGUGCUGACAUCGACAUAUUACCACGCAAAGAAUACCACGAAACCUGUUCCGGGCACGGAUUCCACAUCCUCGGUCGCUGCAAGUGCAACAAGAUGUACUCCGGCAGUCGGUGUCAGUUCAGCGACGAGUGUGCCGAGGAUACGGACUGCGGGCUGAGGGGGCAGUGCGUCGACGUCAGGGCCACGGAGUACCCCAGCAAGAUGUGCUAUUGCUCGCAUGGGUUCUACGGGAAAGGAUGUAAUAAGAAAUCUCCCUGGAAGGACAAGAACCUGAACCUGGACCGGUACAGCCGCCGGGAGCUGUCUCCAGACUUCAACUUAUACUGGAGGGUCAUACAACAUGAGCAAGAACUGGAAGUUGUCAUGAUCGUCAACGGGACCUCUUAUGCUGGAAUCGGUUGGAGGCCCAGCGGAUUGACAAAAGAAUGCAAAAAUUUCCCCGUCAUCGGACCCCCGCUAGCUGACAAAACAAGCACACCAAAGCCGGAACCACUACCAAAACCAGAACCCGAAGCGGAACCAGCUGCGUCCCCAGAACCGAGCCCAGAACCCAAAUUAGAACCCGAACUCAGCGCUGAACCGAAAGCGGAGCCAGAACCCACCGCCGAGCCGAAGGCAGAACCCGCACCAGAACCCACUUCAGAGCCAGAACCGUCCGCAGAACCCACGGCAGAACCGGAGCCGGAAACAACGACAAAGUUAUCGGAAUACGACAAUAGGAAUAAGAGAGUUGCUAUGCAUUCGUUGGAUGGAAUUGACUUCAAGAAUCUUGGAAAUGAUGUUCAAGUGAAGACUAGCGUGUCCUACAAAGUGUCAAGUUCAAAAGGUCGUCGGAAACGAGCCGCUGCGAAUGAAAAUGUGGAAACCUCAACCCAUGACCAUAGCCAUGACAACCAUGACCAUUCCGUACCAUCCUCAGAACCCAAACCAUUACCUAAGUCUAGAACUAAAUUUGUCCCUAAAUCUAAACGAACUACUACCACCACUGUUACAACUCCAGUACCAACCACUCCGGUACCGACUGAUCCACCCACACCAGAACCUACUGCAGAACCCACCUCUGAACCGGAGCCAACCGCUGAACCCAAAUCUGAACCUACCCCUGAACCAAAUGCCAUCCCAGAACCUACAGCUGAGCCUAAAGCAGAACCAGAACCCACGCCUGAACCUAAAUCUGAACCUGAACCUACAGCGGAACCGAAGGCUGAACCCGAGCCAACUCCAGAACCUAAAUCAGAACCCGAACCUACUGCUGAACCUAAGGCAGAACCUAAACCGAAAGAACGUGUACCUAGUCCCAAAACAUUGUCAAAACUUAAAGCUAAGCCAAAACCUAGUCCUGACCCUAAAUCAGAACCCGAGCCAACUCCAGAACCCAAGUCAGAACCCGAACCUUCGCCUGAACCUAAAUCAGAACCCAAGCCUUCCCCAGAACCCAAAUCUGAGCCUGAGCCGUCCCCAGAGCUAAAUUCGGAACCCGAACCUUCGUCGGAACCUGAACCUUCCCCUGAACCUAAAUCAGAACCAGAACCUUCCCCUGAACCUAAAUCAGAACCUGAGCCCAGUCCUGAACCUAAAUCAGAACCUGAGCCCAGUCCUGAACCUAAAUCAGAACCUGAGCCCAGUCCUGAACCUAAAUCAGAACCUGAGCCCAGUCCUGAACCUAAAUCAGAACCUGAGCCUAGUCCUGAACCUAAAUCAGAACCCGAACCCUCCUCAGAACCCAAAGCGGAACCAGAACGCGCGACUUUGCUAGUGAAAGGACUUAAAGAAGAAACAGGUUACUUCCCCGCUCACGAGUACGUGCCGGGCUACGACUUCAACCCCAUGGACUGCACGGAUAUAGUCAUCGGCACGGCGCGGGGCAACUAUCACAGGGUUCUGGACUAUUAUACUAGGGACAGGUCAACUCCUCGCGUGGACACGUUCUGGGGCGGCCACGACGACAUCACGGCGUCUUCCGGUUUUGAGGAAAAUGGCGUCACCACCAUUAUGUUCAGGAAGAAGCUGCAGGCUAAAGAGCCCACGGACCACUCGAUCGUCGACGACGCAAUGCACUUGAUCUGGGCGCGCGGGCAAGAGCCCGGCAAAUACCGACACUCGCCACCCUCAGGAAUCGAACAAGGCACUGCGUCCGUUAAGGAUUUCUACAGACAGGAUGAACUGAAGUAUCACGGCCAUGGGGGGCAGAGAGGCGUUACUAAACUCAACUUCUUCGAAGAGACCAAGUCCGCGACACUGGGCGGCAUUCUCCCCCUCGCGAACAAAUGCGGGGGCUACUUCAAGCUGCCGGCUAACUGUUCCCUCGCCAACGGCACUUGCGAUUACCACGCCAGUUGGGAGUACCUCGGACAGAAGAGGGGAAAGGACUCUGUCAAGUUCACGAUUUCUACCAAGGAGAGCAAGCUCUGGACUGGCAUUGGGUUCAGCAACGACAAGAGAAUGUCCCAGACGGAUGCCAUUAUUGGUUGGGUGGACCCUCGCUCCUCGCGCCCCUUCAUCAUGGACACCUGGGUGUCCGGAUAUGCUGCUCCCAGGGUUGACACUCAGCAGGACAUAACUAAGGAGUUCGGCAGUCUCAUAGACGGUGUGACGACCCUCAGCUUCGUGAGGAAGCGGGACACUAAGGAUUCUAAGGACUUGGCGUUCACGGACAGCCAGUGCCUCUACAUGAUGUUCAUCCCCCACGGCGGCGGCUUCGACCCCGUGAACAAGCGGACAAGCAAGCACGCGCAGACUCCGAUCGUCUCCGAGAACAGAGUGUGCAUCAAACCCUGUGGACCAGAACCGGCCGAAGACGAAGUAACCACCGAAGCUAUCAUCCCCGGCCAAACAGCAUACACCAUGCUGAUCCGCAUCACAGGCUUAGCUGACAGCUUCAAGCCACCAGCUGAAGGGUCCCAGGAGUUCGCAGAACUGAAGAGACAGGUCGAGGACAGCCUUAUCCGAGAGGUCUCCAAGAAUAAGGGGUACCGGGGGCUGCAGCUGAAUGGCUUUAUGCAGAACGAAACCAAAGCCAUAAUAGCAGAGCUAACCCUAAAAUCGAUGGAAAGCAACGUUAUCGAGGGCUCUAGCGCUCGUUCUCUCGGCGCGGCGCCGCGCAACGAGAGCGACAAGGACGGCGAUAGACAACGGUGGGAGCGUGCUGUUAGGGACACGCUGGCGCUGGGGAAGGUUGGGAACCUUAACGUGGACCCAGAGUUCUUGGUGCUGGUGCCACAGAGUCUACUAUCAACCCAGUCCAUCCCCGACGAGGAGGAGAGCGGCAACGCUCGCACGUUCUUCGGCCUCGCCGAGACCAAACUAUACGUCGUAGUAGGCUGUGUGGUAGCGCUUAUAUUAGUAGCGUUAUUACAAGCCGGAUGCACCUUGUAUAGGAGCAGCAGUGGGAAGAGGAAAGAGCAACUGAUCCCGAACGCAGCCUGGAAGGACUAUUCCACGGCCAACACCAACUACGCAUUCGAACCGUUUGAAAACGACGACAAAUAUAACAGUACCACAUCUACCGCUCCGCUGAGAGAGAGGCCUACGUCCGCUCCUUUGAGGCCUACAAACCCACCUCCACCGAGGCCAGGAAGCAACAACAAAAUGGCGCCCAACGGCAAGAACGGCAAGAUGGCGGCCAACGGCAACGGAAACAAGAUGGCCGCCAACGGAAACGGCAAGCCCAAGCACCCGAACAGCGCCGCGCAAUAUUACCACGAGACGCGCUCGUUGCAACGGCCGAGGCCGCCGCAACCACAAUACGGGUACACGACGCGACCGGACCGCGCGACAUACUCGCUGCCGCGCGGCCGCGACAUGUCGCAGCCAGACUUCUACUUCAUGCCGUCGCAGCGCAAGUACGAAGGUGAAGUCGUUAGGGUCUACGUCGACUAUAGGGACAGGGAAUAAUUUAACAACGCUUUAAUA